CCGGAGAAGAGCUCUCCCACUGCGACGGAGGGGCCUGCAGACCUAGGGUCCACCGCCUCCCAGGACAUGGGGUCGCAGUCCAGCCUGGGUCCUGGAAUCCCACCUCCCAGGCCCCCGCCGGCUCCAGACACCCUGAGUUACCUGGAUUCGGUCAGCCUCAUGUCGGGCACCUUGGAGUCCCUGAGUGGCCCCGGGUUCUUGGACGACGUCAGCUCCCUGGGCUCGGACUCGGAGAUCAAUGGCUUGGCCUACCGCCGAACCGACAAAUAUGGCUUCCUGGUGGGCAACCAGCACUCGGGGAUGCUGGAGAGCGCCAUCCCGGUGGACGUGGCGCGGCAGCGGGAGCUCAAAUGGCUCGAUAUGUUUUCCCACUGGGAUAAAUGGCUCUCGCGGCGAUUCCAGAAGGUGAAGCUGCGCUGUCGGAAGGGGAUCCCCUCGUCUCUCCGGGCCAAAGCCUGGCAGCUGCUGUCGAACAGCAAGGAGCUCCUGGAUCAGAACCCCGGCAAAUUUGAGGACCUGGAGCGCCAGCCCGGGGACCCCAAGUGGCUGGAUGUGAUUGAAAAGGAUCUGCACCGGCAGUUCCCCUUCCACGAGAUGUUUGCCGCCAGGGGAGGCCACGGGCAGCAGGACUUAUACCGCAUCCUAAAGGCCUACACCAUUUACCGGCCCGACGAGGGGUACUGCCAGGCCCAGGCCCCCGUGGCUGCCGUCCUGCUGAUGCACAUGCCCGCUGAGCAAGCCUUCUGGUGCCUGGUGCAGAUCUGUGAGAAGUACCUGCCAGGCUACUACAGCGCAGGGCUGGAAGCCAUCCAGCUGGAUGGAGAGAUCUUCUUUGCCCUGCUGCGCCGGGCAUCCCCCAUGGCCUAUCGGCACUUGAAGAAAUACAAGAUUGACCCCAUCCUCUACAUGACGGAGUGGUUCAUGUGCAUCUUCUCCCGCACCCUGCCCUGGGCUUCGGUGCUGCGCGUCUGGGAUAUGUUCUUCUGCGAGGGGGUGAAGAUCGUCUUCCGGGUGGGCCUGGUCCUUCUCCGGAAUACGCUGGGCUCGGUGGACAAGCUGCGCAGCUGCCAGGGCAUGUACGAAACCAUGGAGAAGCUGCGCAACCUGCCAGCUCAGAGCAUGCAAGAGGAUUUCCUCAUCCUGGAGGUGGUGAACCUGCCGGUGACGGAAGCGCUGAUUGAGCGUGAGAACGCCACGCAGCUCAAGAAGUGGCGCGAGACCCGCGGGGAGCUGCAGUAUAAACCCUCUCGCCGCCUCCACGGCUCCCGCGCCAUCCACGAAGAGUGUCACCGCAUGAACCCGCCGCUGACCUCCAGCGCCAGCCUGCUCAGCCUCACCGGCUUCAAACAGCGGGCGGCCCGCGGCGGCAGUGGGGCGAGCACGGGGGGCAACUUCUCCCCUGCCCACCCCAUGGGCAGCCUGGCCGUCUCCGCUGCCCCCACUCCAGCCACUGCCCCAGGCCAGGUGGUGUCGGAAGGGCUCCACCCCGCUCUGCCCUCCCCCACGGGGAACAACACGCCGCUGGCGGGCCCCAAGAAGGGGGGAGCGAAGGAGAAGAAGAAGGAGAAGGAGCGGGAGCGGCUGGCGAAGGAGCGGGAGAAGCAGGAGAAGGAGCGGGAGCGGCUGGCGAAGGAGCGGGAGAAGCAGGAGAAGAAGGAGAAGGAGAAGCUGGAGCGGAAGCAGCAGAAGGAGCGCGCCAAGGAGGAGGCCAAGCAGAAGAAAGAGAGGAAGGUCUCCAUGCGCCGGAAGGAGGCCAAAGCCCCGCCCCGCGCCGAGGACGGGGGGCAAGACGGGGAUCCCCCAGCAGGCUCUGUGCUGCAGGACACUUACUUCUGAGCUGAGUGGGGGUGGGACAGCGGGGGGGGCCCUGCUGCCUCCGACCCCACCACAGAUUAGCCAAGGACCAAGGGGUGAGGAGACUCAGAUGGGGGUGGGGUCGCCGGCUGGGAGGAAGCUGGAAUCUAAAGGACAAGAGUGUUGAGCUCUGAGCUAGCCUCCAGGGGGCGCCCCACAAUCUUCCUCCUGCCAGGAGGGGACCUGCUUAACGACUUUGAAAGCCAAACGACUACUGUGCUCUCCCCCCCCCCGCUUUCUGUGUCCUCCCCUCCCGUCGGUGGAACGAACAGGUACACCCCUCCCUCCAAGCGCUUUUUCCAGGGGUGUGGGGCGUCCCCCUCAAGUCUUAACCAGAAUAUAAUUGUAUUAAUAGUCCAGCCCGUUUACUGUAUAUAGGAGAAUCCCCUUUAAACUAUUUAACCACUCCAGCCCUACACUCCCCCCGCCCCUCUGCUCGGGAGAGGUUGGUUUUAAGGGCCACCCUCUUGCCCCCAUGCUAGCAGGAGUGCUCCUCUUUGUGCUGUUCACCCCCAAACGCAGUUCUUGUUGAUGGACACAGGUAUCAAUAAAGUUCUUCUCCUUGGACUUUCAGUGGCAAGACGGAUGAACUUUAUUGACAGCCCAGUGUAUGCGGACAGGGCAUACGUUCCUCCUUGUCCCAACACCACAUUUCUUUAUUUAUCUGUAGCCCGGUGUUCCCCGACAGGGCAUCAGUAAAGCUCAUCCGCCUCUCAAGAAGGUGUCGAUAAAGUCACGUGCUAGGUGAGAAACUUUAUCGAUAGCCCAGUGCUUGCAGACAAGAGAACAAGAAAGUUCUUCCAUCUCCCAGCACAG